AUGCCCCACCAUCAUCACCGCAAAUCCUCCUCCCUAGACCGCCUUGCCGGAAUCCCUCUUAACUCAAUUUCUCCAGAAGAAGCCCAUGCUGCUGCUCUAAACCAACUCGAACCACAGUCCACUGCAAACGCCGCCACCAAUACCACAGAAGGUUCGCCUCCCGAGCCUACCCCAUCGGCCGCCACGCCAUCGGAAUCCGGGGGGUCUUCACCAUUCCCCUCAACAAAUACUCUACUGCGAGUACUUUUUGGAAUUCAACGCUACUCUGCUUACACAUUUACUGGGUUUCUCGGUUUACAUCUAACGUCAGUUGUUUUAGCACCAGCAUUUUCCUACGACGCUGGUAAUGCAUCACUUCUUUUUACAAAUACAAUCUACCAAUCGCCACUCGUCGAGCCUAUUCUUGUCACUGGCUCACUUGCACUCCACAUUACCUCCGGCAUUGUUCUGCGUAUUAUUAAAGUUCUCCGCUCAAAACGACUCUAUGAGUCCUACUGGACAGCAAUCUCAAAGCCUACACUCUUAGCGUAUGCAGGAUAUGCCGCAACACCCCUUGUUCUCGGCCACUUUUAUGUCACACGAUAUCUUCCCCUCUCUAUCCUCGGUGACUCCUCUCUCAUCUCGCUUGACUAUGUUGCGCAUUCCAUUGCAGACCAUCCAGCUAUGGCCAUUGGCUCAAUGCUUACCAUGCUCACAUUAACCCUCUAUCAUACAGUCUACGGCUGGCGCCGUUGGCUCAAUAUUUACAAGCGACCUAAACUACUUUCUGGGCCUGGCCUUUUUGUGGUUUCCGGUAUUCUUCUUGGUGUUGCAUCUCUCGCACGCUUAGCGGCUCAUGGUCCUGCAAUUGGCUGGGUGGCUUCUCAGUAUGACAAAGUUCUUGGUAAAGUUUAG